AUGCGUGACUUUAGUGGCUGCGCUGCAGUUUUUCUGUUCACUCCGCCUCUACUCCUUCAAUUACCCGUUGGUGUACUCAUAUUCGCUCUUGAGCGGAUUUCGAGGUCUCUUUUGCUCUCAGAAACCAAUCGCAAUUUUAGAGGCGGCACCUACGAGGUCACGGUCUAUGGCCCUGCAAGCACUGACUCGAACAACUCCACCAACACCGUUAUCGAUCUUCGCAUCAAUCAAUCGCCCACGUAUGCUAUAUUGGGAACAUGCUGCGUAUCCUACGUUGUCAUUGCUAUUGGCUUGUUCGGGAUAUGGGAAUUGCGAAAGAUGGAAGGCACACCCGCACACCACAGGAUGUGGAGUUGGCUCGUAUUGAUCAGCAAUAUGAUCAUGAUAGGAUUGAGCGCUGGUAUAAUGGGAUACACCAGCUCAGUGCAAAGCAACGAGAAUGGCUGGCAGCGGUACGAAGACGUAGGUCAGAGCGACCCACGUCUUACCAGGGAGACAUGGGCAUGUCAGAUUGACAAGUUUUACCCAGACUCGGGCUGGGCUGGAGCAGCAUGCGGAACCGCCAAGGCGACUCGAUAUCUACUAAUUGCCCUUGCGGUCUCGUCCGCCCUGGUAAUUGUCAGCCUGUGGAUGUUGGUGCGCGAGCGUGGUGGGAUGAAAUGGCUUGCUGGGGGCAGAGGACGCUAUGGCGGCUUCGAGAACACUUAUGAGAUGCAGCCGAAUACGAGCUAUGCAUUUCAACCAGCACCACAGUGGUCACCCCAGCUAUACCAGCAACAGUCUCCACAAGCAUACCAACAACCACCGGACCUGUAUCAACCAUAUUCCCAGGCACCAGGGCAACAGUCGAUACCGCAACCAUCUUACCAAGCACCAUACCAACCAGGACCAGUCAGCAACAACCAGGACGCUACGACGAAAACAGGCCUGCAAACCAUAUUCCGGUGA